UAGUUUCGUGGCAAUUAAGACUUUGAAAAUAAGAAAUCUAGUAAUUGUUAACAAUCUCUGAAUUAUUUGUGUCCGAUGAUAGCAUUGUUCAGACCACAGAAUGAAAAAAAAUCACCCUGUCCGUAGUUGAGGUCCCAUCCUGCCCACCGCGGUGACAUCACUGAUAGAAUGUGGUAGGUUAUUCCGUGAUCUCCCGCACUGAAGUGUACUUUUCGAUCUUUUCCUAUACAGGACAGUUUGCUUCACAUGAAUGAGACAGUGGGUAAACUUACUUUGUUUUUUCGAUGUGUUCUUCGACUAUUGUAGGCCUUUAGUGUAUGAUUUGCAUUUAACUGGUUGUGGACUCAUUUUGCAUCCGAGUUGCUGACAACAGACUGUUUCGACAGGGCGCAAGUAGGCAGACGGUCCGUGUGAAUGAAUAGGCUAUUCUAGACCGGUUUGAGCUCCACUGUGUUUCAAUAUCAAACUAAUUUUCUUGCGAGAUUGAACUGUCAACUACUGUCGAGGUAAUAGACCUUAGCCGAGCGUACCGCGAAUGUAUCUGGAUUGAAGGACCUGCCCUAUCAUCGAUUAUCAUCAUCUGACAACAAGAUCAGGCAAACGAAGAACGAAAAAGACAUACAACCUCAUAAUAUUGCCUGCAAUUAAGUACAUUGUAUCGGAGGACGAUGUCAACUGAGCGAAAAAGACAACGGACUGUUGAAGACUUCAAUCAGUUCUGCACCUUUGUGUUGGCUUAUGCCGGGUAUAUCCCAUACCCAACGAAGGAAUGGUGGUGUGAUGAGGGUGGACCAAGGGACAGCGGCACGCACAGCACUAACCAUAGUUCAUGGACACACCUCUCAUCCUCAAGUACAGAUGGCAACCCUUCCAAACUCCAGAAGGAAAAGGAGGAGAAGGUGAAGAAAAGGAAGUCUGACAAGAAGUUGACCGGUCAGAGGGAGAAAAAAACAAAAGGAUGUGAUUCAGGAGGGGUGAAGAAGUCCCAUAAAACCCCAUCAGAUCUUUUGUUUCUUAACCAAGCCUCGCCAGAGAAUAGUGAGAAACCAGGCAAACUCCUAGAAGUCCAAGCCAGCCCUGAGGCCAACUCCAGCAACGCUCUCUCAGGUCAUAGUAACAGUGACCAGACAGGAGCAACAGAGAUACAGAGCUUUAAAGGUGUAUCUGAAAAGAGCAAUGCUGAACUUCAGAUGAGAGGAUGCGGCCCUAAGGAAGUGAAAGGGGAACCUGUUGAUCUGACCAAGGUAGACCAAAUAGAAACAUCAAAAUUGAAGCCUAAUCCACAGGAAGAAGGAGAACAGGAGCCAGAGAAGAAGAGAAAUGAGAAGGGUGGAGGGAAUGAGGAGGAGAGGAAGAGCCUGGAGGAUAAUGAAAAUGGAUUGGAGAACGCCAGUGUCCUUUGUAUGGUUAUGGACAAGAAACUUCCUGAUGACCAGGAGACUGGGUAUUAUACUGACAUGGAUGGCAGCAGCCCAUACCAGUGUGGCAGUGACACAGAGCAGGAUCCUCGUAAUGGGGACUGCAACAGACUUACCCGCUCAGCAGUGUUUGUCAAAGAAAAUGCAUCUGGAAAUAACAGCAAAAAGGAAGAUGACUCCUGGGACCUGAUAACUUGUUUCUGUUUGAAGCCGUUCGCGGGACGACCCAUGAUUGAAUGCAGUGAGUGUGGGACCUGGGUGCACUUGUCCUGUGCAAAAAUACGCCGCACUCAUGUUCCCGAGGUGUUCGUCUGCCAGCCCUGUCGUGACUCAAAGCAGAAUAUCCGCCGGUCCAACAGGGCUCGCAUUCGCCCCCGAAAACGCUUCAGCGACUAAAUGCAGAGCUGCACCAACCCCCCACAUCCAUCAAGACACAUGGCCAUCAAGCUCUUUAGGACUGGAAAAUACAGACUUGGGUUGAAGGAAAUCAACAAAAGGCCUGUCACACACCUGUUAUGUUCAGCACAAGUAUUCUUCAUACUGAGACCAACAUCAUUAACAAAAACAACCAUAUAUAGAAUUGGUCACUGUUUAGGGUACAACUACACAUUUAUGUACAAUCACAAAGACUGAAAUGGUAGAUGGGAAUGAUGUGAGAGCAGUCAUGACAGAAGGAUGUUUAAGGUUUAAGUGUUAUUGUUCAAAAACCAUGCAUAUAACAUGGUCUAGCCACACCCAUCUUUAUUUGCAUCUUAUAGAGAACAUGUUCUCAAGGGCUUGCUUCAAUUCACCUUCUACUUUAUCCCGGGUCCCAAGUUUAAUGAUGUUUCUCAGGGCUGUUUUUUUCUCUCUCUUUUCUCAGUUAUUAUAUAUCAGAUAGCAAUGAUUGGGUUACACUUUGGAACCUUUGUAACAUGUUUCCUCUAUUUUUAGUUCCUCACUUAUGUUUUAUAUUAUGCUCUGCUGAGUGAUUAACUUGUAUGUACAUAUGGUAACUGCAAAUUAUGUAAAUAAUUGUUUAUAAAGUUGUUUAUGUGACCUUU